CGUAUCCAGCAGAGACAGACAGGGCUUCUCUCGGUUCCAGGCAGUGGACCAUGAAGAUGUCAAUUUUAUUUUCACUUUGCAUCUUUGCUUUCCCUGGCUUUUCCCAGGGCAGGGUUGUUGGAGUGGAUGAAGCUGGCUUUGCCGAAUGCAAUGAGUUCUUUUAUGGAGAAACCCCACCAGAAGGAUUUACGGAGUCUUUCCAUGUGAAAAUCUGUCAGCAGUACAACAAAGAGCCACGCUUCGCAACGCUCUACAGCACGGAGGACAAGACCCCUCUUUAUUCCGCUUUUAAAUACACAAAAGCAGCUCAGAGAGGGAAGGAGAGCUGGCUGGUUGAACCGCAGAUAGAUGAUCCUGGAAAUGACUUGGAGGAAAUGGUGCAUGAAGCUGUUGCUGUUGGCUCAGUGAACAACCUUGGAGCAAACCAAGCCCUGACCACAGACUAUGUGGACUCUGGUUAUGAGAGAGGGCAGCUAAACCCCAGUUCCCUCAAUGAAGAUGAUUUCCAGCUAGCCACAUACACCCUUACUAAUGCUGUCCCUAUGACUCCCUCUCUCAGUGAAAGCUGGCACAAGGACGUCGAGAAUAUAGUAGAGCAAGCUUUGGCCCCACAUUGUGAAAACGGGGCUCGCCUGUAUCUUGUUGCAGGUGCUGUUCCAUCCAGCCUCAGAGUUAAAGACAAGGUGUCCAUACCAGAGUUUCUCUGGCUGGCAGCUUGCUGUGAUGCUCCAGAGGUAUGGUCUGUGGGCUUUCUGAAACGUCCGAGUGGUGAAAACAGUAUAGAAGACCUGUCUGUGCAAGAGCUGGAGAAGCAGCUUCCUUCAGGAGCUCACUUGUUUAAGAGCAAUUGUGGGGGAGGCAGCCAAAGCCAGGAGAAAAUGGAAGCUAUAUUGCAAACCAUAAACCAGAUCCAGUCUGAAGAGUCCAUAGUGCAAACUACGGCCGGGAGAGUCGGCUGGCACAAGCGCGAAGAGAGCAGCCUGCUGAAAAGAGUAGCCGGCAUCAUUGCGGCCCCUUUCACCAAGCUGCUGAGAAUCAUCGGCUAUGUGUUGGUGGAGGUGGUGAGAUACACGUGUUAUUUCCUGUGGUAUGUCGUCAAGCAGCUCAGCAACACUGCAAUGGGCGGACUCUACAGCUUAUGGAACGGAGUGGUGUCCUAUGGCAAAGAAAUCGGCACAGUGCUGGUGAACAUCCCCAGGGACGUGGCCAAGGUUGCAGCAAACAUCAUCAUGGGCUUUGUCCGGAUCUUCCAGAACACCCUGAGCCUCAUCUACAGGAUUCUCAGCGUCCCCAUUGGACUCUUCCUUCAUAUUCUGGCUUUCCCCUUGGACACGCUCUGUGCCGUUCCCAUUGUCCUCAAAGAUAUGGCCGCUGGAGUUGGCGGCACUUGCUCACUCAUUGUCGAUGCCACAGCUGCCAUGAUGUCCGGCUUUUAUUACAUAGCUACUCACCUAGGCAAAAAGUUUGUCCCUAAGCUCUCUUCUGAUGACUGAUAGGGACAGCAAACAGAACUGCAAAGACAUGUGGUGAAAGAAAAGUGGGGCAAUAUGUUCUGAUACGGGACCAAUGCUGACAAUUCUUGUUGGUAUUUAUUGCAGUGACAUUAAUAACACCAAACCAAUCUGGUGGUCACAUGGAGGGCCUAUGGCACUUCAAAAGGGGAUUCCAUUACAAAUCGACUUCCACUUAUUGUAAAGUGUUCAGGGUUUCAAGCGGGGUGACAAGCUGUCUGUGGAUUUCAAGGCCAAUGUCAAGCUGCUUCCGCUUUGAGACACGCUGAGUGUAGCACAAAGUUAUUCCUUCACUACUAAAAUAGGAAAAUGCUGAUGCCUGUUCAUGGGCAGUGCUACAAAGGCACAGCAGAAGCAUGUGUCCAUUGGUGCGGGUAGAUAAGGGGCUUAUGCUGACCCUCCCCUCUGCUAGGAUUAUUGCAUGGGAAGAAACCACAUAGAGAUUAAUUCUGCCUUUAGUUGCACUAUUGACUUCAGUGGGGUUUUGUGGAAGGAACUGAGGGCAGAAUUUGGGCUGGUGUGUUUUAGCUGAUAAUUCUCAUCCCUUGGCCUUUCAAGGCAGCUGAAAUGGAUGGAAUGGCCCUUAGUGAGAGUAAGUCACAGUUACCAGUUGCUUGGUGGGGUGUGGGGGGAUAUUUACCAUUUUCCUUAACUCCCCAUAACUUUUUAAACUGACCAUUGGUACCAAACAAUUAUCCAAGAUCUGAGGUCUUUAUUCAAUGUGGGCCCGAUCCAAAGCUCAGUGAAGUCCAAAAUAGUCUUUCUACUGGCUUUGGAUCACACCCUAAUACCCCAAACAAACCCCCACCCGUUGCCUCCGAUUAGAGACCAAAGUCUCCCAAAUGCAUGCUUCCAUGCCAACUCAUCUGGAAAGCUCUGCAAGAUUUGGGACUCAGUUGCGUUCGCCCUUUUUUUUCUUUUAUGUGCACUGGGAGCCUGACUCAGCUGCAAGGAACCCUCCACCCGUGUUUCAGGCUGAGGCGACAAAUACGUGACUGUAUCAUCCUGGUUGGUCUGAACAAACACAGUCAGUGCAAGGCCUUGCAUGCAAUGACAAAGGGCAGAUGAGGAACACUAAUGACGAGGGGCCAGGUUCUGCCACUCUAAUGCUGAGUAAUCUCUCACUCCGCAAGAAUACCCAUUGACUUACAGGGAGGCUAUCUGCAGUGUGAGGGAUGAAUCGGCGUGAGCAAGGGUGGCAGAAUUUGGCCCUAGGAAGGCCGGUUGAUACCUGGCAGUGUUCUGUCUCCCGCCUACCUACAUCCAGUGAGAGGGGAAGCAGAUCUAAGGAACCAGCCUGUGGUCCUCAUGCACCCCAAACUCCCAGUGAAGUCAGGUUGGAAGGUUAUGGAAGUCUGUGGGGGUGAGCUAGGAAAGCAGGAUGAGGCAGAAGUCCAUCGGGCUGGGGAAAUGGUGAUCUGCAGCAUCCUGCAGUAGGUUUGGGGCAGUGGGGUCGGUCACUCGCACUAAGUUAGCUCAUCAGGGCUGGUGCAGGCAAAACUGGUAGGGGCAGGAGGCCCCAGGGUGGAGGAGGCCCCAGCCCAUCAGUGACAGGUUGAAGGGCUGGCGUGACUGUAAUUGCCCCAGUGACACACAGUGUGAAACACAAGCUGCUUGAUGCUAAUAGAGCUUGAGGGGAACCCGGGCUCCUGUCACUUUAUCACAACAGCACUUGUGCCCCUCCUCCUGCUGACAGGACAUACCCAUCCACUAGCUCCCAGACCCUCCACAAGUGCACAUCCCAGUACUGGACACCUCCCCUAUUGUCCUCUGUCCCCCUGGAGAUCCCCCAGCCCCAAGCAGGCAUGCCCCAUUGGAGUCUGGGUGAGUGGUGACUCACUGCAUCUGGAAUACAGCAGCGGGCAGAUGAGAUCCUAAGCAAAGGGCUUUACAGGGGAGGUCACAGUUUAGCUCAACCGAGCCCCCCUCCAAAUUCAGUGGUCCUGCAUACUAAGGGGACAUGGUGCAGGGGCACGAUCUGUCUGCUCCCCAAUAAACAAGGGCCUAACUUCAGCUCAGCUUACACCUCCCCUUGGAAAGGGAAUCAGGGGAAGGAGUUUUGAUUUCUUGUUACUGUAUAAGCUUUGUCCCUUGAGAGUGAUCCUUGCUGACUGCAUCAAUGUUUGCUUCUGUUGAUUCAGUCUGCAAGCACACAAAUGCGGUAAGAAGUUGUAGAAGAGACAC